AGUGACGCAACAGCUAUUUUUGAAAUCUUUUGAUGGUUUGCACAAAACAGAAGAAACUGUCCACCAUCCGAGAGUUUUGUCCCAGAAGGCCAGAUUCCAGUGGCGAGGAGGGAGACUGAGUGAGGAUUCAUCGAUCUGGCAUCCAUCACCAGCGCACAGCGGGUCCCGGCACGGAGACGCACGACUCACAGACCGCAGCAGCUUGCAGCACCAGACCAUCUCUACAGCACAGCACAGCACAGCACAGCGCGGCGGGCCUGUCGCCCGCAACAACACCGACCUCCGCGCGUCACAACCACGCGUCUCCCACACUACGUCACCCACCAUCACCAACACCACCGUCGACAACUUCACCACUACCACCACCACCACCACCACCACCGCGGCGGUCGAAAAGCCGAGGCCUGCCAGCUUGCCCUCCCAAUUCCACAUCGGACGAGGCUGGACACGAGUCAACACCAGGAAGCCGUCCAGACCGACGUACCAUAAGGAAAUCCGAGCAAGCACCCGACACGAUGGCGCACCCGCCAUUACUACUUCUACCAAUCCUGGUUGCCAUGGCAGCAGCAGCGCCCCUGGCAGAGAACGUGAACAAGGAGCAGGCAGUCAGGGUCAGUGGAGAUGUGGCAGUAGUCGACAGAGCUAAACGAUCAAAGGAGGUCGUUGCUUUCGACAACCAGCAGAACAGCGAGAAGCUGGGGCUAGCCAAGAAGUCCCUGCAGGACCCUGUAGACCUUCCAGUGGCAGGCCUGAAUGCUGGCCAGUCUUCUCCACUUGAAGACAGCGCAGACAAGACCGGCGUUGUGUUCGCCAGCGAGGAACGGAUGAUCUCUCCUGAGAACAAAGUAGACGAAACCGAAAUUAGAGAAGAGGUCGCUGGGGAGGACAUCGCUGCCAACAACGUCCUCGCCCCCGCUACACUUGCUACUGCUGCUGUGGCAGGAGAAGAACCCCUCUCAAGCGCCCACCAUGAGGCCGGACAGGAGGCUUCAGGAGAAGGCCAUGCGGUUUCUGAGCCUGAACCGGAAGUCGCAGUUCUGACCCAGCUUCCGGAGAAUAGUCAGAGCGCUGAUGCCGAGGAGGUCUUCCUGGGAGGGCAGCAGCAGGAGCCUCAGGUGCUGCAGGCCAACAGCAAGGACUCGGAUGACGUGGAGGAGAUGCUGAAAGAGCUACGAGUGGAGGACGAGCCUGUGCAGAUCGAGGACGAGAGUUCGGUAGCAGAAAACGAGAAAAUGACUGACACGCAGCUCUUGCAUGUGGCCGGCAACGACGAGAACAAGGACCUCACUAGAGGACGAAGAAUAUACCAAAGACUUGCUGAAAUACGUCUUGAUGAACGGAGGUAG